UGCAUUGCGCGAUGUCCAAUCUGACCGCUGCGCCUUUGCAUGUGAUUGUAUGGCAUAUUCGUGUUUCUUAUGGCCGCGUUUUUCUUAGAUGUAGUUGCGCUCAUUUUCUUGCCGGGUAGAUGACCGCAUUAUGACCGCAUUUAACAAAGUUUGGGUGCCGCGCUGAGCCGAUUUUUCGUGUAAGCACAUCCGUCAUCCGUGCGCAGAUUAGAGGUCGUCCGUCCUGUGAUAACUACUGCGGUCAUGAAUUCGAUUGCAGUUAUAUACUAGUUUGAAUCAUGAAGAUAAAGUUUAGAAACGGCAUUGUGAUUGGCUGCAUUACUGCUGCUCUCGGCAGCGGCUAUGUCAUGCGUCACGACAUUGGUUUUAUCAACCAACUUUACGGGGAGAAGCCCAACACCACUGUGAAUGAGUCGCCGUACAUAUACUUCACAGAAUCGGCUCCCCCGGCUGAUGCAGCACCUUCAUGGAGUUUUAAACGUAUAUUUGGGAAGGAAUCUCGUCAGCAUUGGCAUUUACUGUCGGAGGCACGGUCCAAGGUGCAGAGGAUCCGACACGAAGCCGUGAAAGCGCUUGGCAGCAUGACAAGCUUGAGCGAUUCGGAGCUUUGUGAGAUUGCUCAGGCAUGUGAUUGUCGAACAAGCGUCGGUCUUGCAAGAACAGCUAGCACAGAUCUGCGAUGUUUUCUAUCACCUCCUCCAAUACCAGAAAAUAUUAUGAAGGGUAGCCUUCAGGAUGGCUUGAGAAGCGUUCUUUUAAGACUGCCAGAAGCAGCAACUGAUUCCUGCAUCAGCUUCUUCACCACAAAUGCCCUCCAGACAAAGCUGCAAUACUUUGAUGCCCAUCAUGAAAAGGAUGACACCCAACGAUGGAGGCGGCCAGCAGCGGGUGAGGCAGAAAUGCUCUGCUUGCAAGCGCUGCUGAGCCACACAGCCCUGCCUGAGCACCGGCGAUUUCUGGUUGAAGAGCUUGGUGUGCUACCACUGCUGCAGCGAGUACUUCAGGAACAUGCACAUGACAUGGCUUUGCACAGCCUGGUGGCUCAAAUGGUUGCCAAUCUGGCCCUCGACUCAUCACUACAUGAUCAUAUCUUUCGCGCUGGUUGGGUUGGUAUAUUGGCACGCUGGUUGCGCUCUUCGGAAGUGUUGCUAUCAUUUCCUGCUGGUCGUGCUCUGGCCAACAUGGACACAGAUUCACUGUUGCCCACGAAAUAUGAAGAUGGCAUCUAUCUUUUACAUCCCCAAUACAGAAUCAGGGAGCCAUCUGUGUCUGCAGAUAUCAUUUUUGUGCAUGGUCUGCUGGGUAGUGUGUUCAAGACAUGGAGGCAGCAUGACAGCCAAGAUUUAGGCAAGCUGACUAAUUUGGAAGGCCUACUGGAGCCAACAGUGUCAGCAGUUCGAAGCAGUGCCUGUAAGAUAACAGUAGACCACACAUCCCCUCGAGCACUUGCAAUGCAUCAGAGGUACACCAAAUGCUGGCCGAAGAGCUGGCUGGCUGAGGACAUGCCAUACACAAGGAUAUUGGCACUGGACUAUGACACCUACUUAAGUCAGUGGUCGCCUAACUGCCCGCUUGAACCUAAAAAGCGGACGCUAGUGUCAAGAGCAACUGACAUGCUGACCAAGCUUCACGAAGCUGGUGUGGGAGAGAGGCCCAUUAUUUGGAUCACACAUUCAAUGGGAGGUCUUUUGGUAAAAGAAAUGCUGGCGAUUGCUAGUGAGUCUCCCAAGUAUGAAGGGAUUGCGAGAAACACCUCAGGGGUUGUGUUCUAUGCUGUGCCACAUCGUGGCGCUGACUUGGGUGACUUCACGGCCAGCUUUAAGCUGCUUCUUCUGCCUUCUGUGGAAGUGCAGGAGCUUGAGAAAGACUCCCCACAUUUACUGGAAAUUCAUGACAAAUUUGAAAAACUGGUGAAAAAGUUUGGCAUCCCAUGCCUUAGUUUUGGAGAAAAAGUAAAAACUGUCCUGGGGUUUCGGAUGAGCAAAGUAUUGGUGCCUGUGGAGUCUGCUGACCCUGGAUUUGGAGACUUUUUUGUUGUGGACACUAGUCACUUGGAGAUCUGCAAGCCACAUCGAUGGUCGUCAUUCAGCUACCAGCUGCUGUUAGAUUUCUUGGACCAUGCGUUUUCCUCCAUGAGCCAGGACGCCUAUUGGGCUGCACACAACCCAACCCUAAGUCGACUGCGCCAGCUGGAACUUUAUUUUGAGACAGGCGUAUUCCAAUUCUGAGACACUGAAUUGUGCUUCUUGAGAGCACACCUUUAGGAUUGCCACACAGCAUUUUAUUUUGAUUAAAG